AACUCCAACACACUUCUCUUUCUCUCAACCUCUCUCCCUCUCUCUCUCCGAUUGUGUUUUUAGAGCUGUCACGUGUCACGUGUCAGGUUCGAAGCUCUAAGAAAAAAAUGGGUCUUCCUCUAAUGAUGGAGAGAUCAUCAAACAACAACAACGUCGAGCUUUCUCGAGUGGCGGUUUCAGACACUCACGGCGAAGACUCACCGUACUUCGCCGGCUGGAAAGCUUACGACGAAAAUCCUUACGACGAAUCUCAUAACCCUUCCGGUGUCAUCCAAAUGGGUCUCGCUGAGAAUCAGGUCUCGUUUGAUCUUCUUGAAACUUACUUGGAGAAGAAGAAUCCAGAAGGUUCGAUGUGGGGAUCAAAAGGAGCUCCUGGGUUCCGUGAAAACGCAUUGUUUCAAGACUACCACGGUCUCAAAACUUUCAGACAAGCCAUGGCUAGUUUCAUGGAACAGAUUCGAGGAGGCAAAGCUAGAUUUGAUCCUGACCGGAUCGUCCUCACCGCCGGAGCCACCGCCGCUAACGAACUCUUAACUUUCAUUCUCGCCGAUCCUAACGACGCCCUUCUAGUUCCCACACCGUAUUAUCCAGGAUUCGAUAGAGAUUUGAGAUGGAGAACCGGAGUGAAAAUAGUACCCAUCCACUGCGACAGCUCGAACCAUUUCCAGAUAACCCCGGAGGCGCUAGAGUCGGCGUACCAAACGGCUCGUGACGCGAACAUUAGAGUCCGAGGAGUGCUCAUAACCAACCCAUCGAACCCAUUAGGGGCGACGGUCCAAAAGAAGGUUCUAGAAGAUCUCCUUGACUUCUGCGUACGCAAGAAUAUUCACUUGGUCUCAGACGAGAUCUACUCCGGCUCCGUCUUCCAUGCCUCCGAGUUCACAAGCGUUGCCGAGAUCGUAGAAAACAUAGAUGACGUGUCAGUAAAGGAACGAGUUCACAUCGUCUACAGUCUCUCCAAGGAUCUUGGUCUUCCUGGUUUCCGCGUGGGAACUAUAUACUCGUACAACGAUAAUGUUGUUCGGACAGCGAGAAGGAUGUCGAGCUUCACGCUUGUCUCGUCUCAGACACAACAUAUGCUGGCUUCUAUGUUGUCGGAUGAGGAGUUUACGGAGAAGUACAUUAGGAUAAACCGGGAAAGACUUAGAAGACGGUACGAUACCAUUGUGGAAGGGCUUAAGAAGGCAGGGAUUGAGUGUUUGAAAGGGAACGCAGGGCUAUUUUGUUGGAUGAAUUUGGGUUUCUUGCUCGAAAAGAAAACUAAAGACGGCGAGCUCCAGCUUUGGGAUGUGAUCUUAAAGGAGCUGAACCUGAAUAUAUCUCCGGGAUCUUCGUGCCACUGCUCGGAGGUCGGAUGGUUUAGGGUUUGUUUUGCUAAUAUGAGUGAGAACACUUUGGAGAUUGCGUUGAAGAGAAUACAUGAGUUCAUGGACCGACGAAGGAGGUUUUGAAAUGUUAAAAAAAAAAGUAAAGUAAAUCCGUUUUUUUGGUGGUUAAAUAUAUGGGGGAGGGGUAAUUAAUUUUUUAGGAAAGAGAAGAUAAUUAAUUUAAACCCAUUGAUGUAAAAUGGGUUUUGAUUUGUUUCUCUUUUCUAGAUAUUAUUGUUUGUUUUCUUGCUUGGACAAAGCAAGUUAAUUUCAUGUUCAUCAAGGUUGAUUUGUAAUAUUUAUUGUUAUAAACGAAUUUUUUAAAA